AUGCCAUAUACAAUUACUGUUUUAGGUUGCGGUGUUAUGGGAACUGCCGUCACAUCAGCUAUUUUAAAGGCUCAGUUUGACCCAUACCCAACCAAGAUCAUCGCUUGUACAGUUCCAUCAGAAGAAGCCAACCUUAAGAAGGUUUUCGCCGACAACAAACUCGUUUCGGUUUCAGCUGGUGUGGAAAACAACAACAAGGCAGUUGCCGAAGCUGAUGUCAUUAUCUUGGGUUGUAAGCCAUAUAUGUAUGAAGGUAUCUAUAACGAAGUUAAGGACUCUUUAACUGGGAAACAAUUGUUGAUUUCAUUGUUGGCUGGUACCACCAUAAAAGAAUUAUCCAUUUUCACUCCUUAUGUCGCCAAAGUUAUGACCAACACUCCUGCAAGAUUUGGAUGUGGUACUGCUGCAAUUGCAUUCGCUCCAGAGGUGACUGAAGAACAACAAGAAUUGGUUAUGAAAUUAAUCGACACUGUUGGUAUGACUGUCAAGAUUCCAGAAAAAAACAUGGACAUUGCCACUUCUUUGAUUGGAUCCGGUCCGGCUUUCUGUUUGUUAAUGAUGGAAUCAAUGAUCGAUGGUGCUGUUAGAAUGGGUAUGCCUUACGAUAUUGCACAAAAGUCUGCUGCCAAAGUUAUGGAAGGUACUGCUAAAAUGGUUCUCGAAACUGGCGAACACCCAGCCGCUUUAAAGGCAAAGGUUUGUACCCCAGGUGGAACUACUAUUGGUGGGUUGUUAAAGAUGGAAGAUAAGGGAGUAAGAAGUGCAAUUGCUCGUGGUGUUGAAGAAGCAGCAAUCAUCUCGGCUUCAUUUGCAAAGAAAUAA